GACGCUAACCAGCGGAUGUUUGUAUAUCGCCGAAUAUCGAGGAUGAGGGUCGCUGUGCUGUGAUCAAAGAUUUCUCCCACGCUACUCCGUAGAGCUGGUGACGAUGGUUCUUAUCGGACCCGACGACUGUGGCGCUACGCCGGGAAGCUAUUCUUCGUGGAUAUGGUUCUCGCUUGCCCGCACGCUCGCUCGCUUGCUCGCUAGUGUGUGCCUGUCUCUCUGCCUGUCGCUGCGUCUGCAUCUAGCAGAAUGUUCGAUUCAAGCGCCUACAGUCCGACGACUGGCGCUGGCAGUCGCUCCAGAAAUCGAGCGCGGUACGUCAGUUAGAAAGGUUUUGGCGGGAGAUGAGCCGAUGAUGGAACUUGAAUGGAGGUCCGCCUAGAAGCUCCAAAAAAGAUGGCCGGUGGGCCAGCACAGCCAGCGGCG